UAACCCCUUACACCACUCGCUGCUGAUGGGGUUUUAGGUUGGCUGUGGCUGUUUCUCGAUUUGGCAGAGAUAAACCCUCCUCCACCCACUACAUUACCCACCAAACAUCCCUCUCAAUUUAAAAAUAAUAAUAGCUUACACAUAUAAAAACUGGGUCUUUAUUUUUUUUAUCCUUUAUCUCCACUAGCGCUAGGAUGUUCUGUUGGGAUCUCCUCAGAUUUGCAAACUACUGAGCGACUCCACCGCCAACCCCUACAUUGUCUUAAACAGAUAUAUUCAUCUUAGAAAAUGAGAGGGGGUCUGUGGCAACUUGGUCAAUCAAUCACCCGCCGUCUUGCUCAGGCUGAUAAGAAAGCAAUCACUCGUCGAUACUUUGCCUCAGAAGCUGAUCUCAAAAAGACUGUUCUUUAUGAUUUCCACAUUGCUCAUGGAGGGAAGAUGGUGCCAUUUGCUGGAUGGAGUAUGCCUAUUCAGUACAAGGACUCGAUCAUGGACUCUACUAUAAAUUGUAGAGAGUAUGGUAGCCUCUUUGAUGUCUCCCAUAUGUGUGGACUGAGCCUCAAUGGAAAGGACUGUAUUCCUUUUCUUGAGAAACUUGUUAUUGCUGAUGUUGCUGGCCUUGCACCUGGAACUGGGACCCUAACUGUCUUUACAAACGAGAAGGGGGGAGCAAUUGAUGAUUCAGUGAUCACCAAGGUGACAGAUGAUCACAUAUACUUAGUUGUGAAUGCAGGAUGUAGGGAUAAGGAUCUGGCUCACAUUGAGGAGCAUAUGAAGUCAUUCAAGGCAAAAGGUGGUCAAGUCUCAUGGCACAUCCACGAUGAAAGAUCUCUUCUUGCUCUCCAGGGUCCUCUUGCUGCUCCAGUUCUUCAACACCUGACAAAAGAGGAUUUGAGCAAGAUAUACUUUGGGGAGUUCCGUAUGCUAGACAUCAAUGGAUCGCACUGCUUUCUCACUAGGACAGGGUACACUGGUGAAGAUGGGUUUGAAAUCUCAGUUCCUUCAGAUAAUGCUGUCGAUCUUGCAAAAGCAAUCUUAGACAAAUCUGAAGGAAAAGUAAGGCUGACAGGGUUGGGUGCACGAGACAGCCUUCGACUUGAAGCUGGGCUGUGUUUAUAUGGCAAUGACAUGGAACAACACACAACACCAGUAGAGGCAGGAUUGACUUGGGCAAUAGGGAAAAGACGAAAGGCUGAAGGUGGCUUUCUUGGUGCUGAGGUGAUUCUUAAACAACUUGCAGAGGGUCCAAAAAUCAGGCGUGUAGGAUUUUCAUCUUCUGGUCCACCUCCUAGAUCCCACAGUGAGAUUCAGGAUGAAAAAGGAACAAACAUUGGGGAAAUUACCAGUGGAGGAUUUAGUCCAUGCCUGAAGAAGAACAUUGCCAUGGGGUAUGUGAAUUCUGGAUACCACAAGGCAGGCACCAAAGUUAAGCUAGUGGUUCGAGGGAAGGCCUAUGAUGGAGUUGUCACAAAAAUGCCAUUUGUACCAACUAAAUAUUACAAGCCAUCUUAACCCAUCUAUGGUGCUGCAGCUCCUUUAUUAUCUAAUCAGUUCCUGUUUAAACUCGAUUACUUUCAACGAGAGUUCCCUCUUUUCUAUCUGCAAGAACUUCAUUCAUUGUGAUGAUUAUGCUUUUUAUUGAUACCAAUUAUGAAUAAUUGCAGCAGUUGCUUCAAUUUGUGAAGACAAA